AUGCCACGAAGAUUGAAACACGAUUCGCGUAAAGAUGUUGAUGUACCAACAACUAUUUCAACGUCAUCCAGUGGUCAACCAAAGUGGAGACAAUCACCAAUUGAUUUGAGAACAAUCGAUACUUGGACUCAAAAGUUUCCACCUUUAUUGUUAACCGGUUAUUGGUUAAAAAAAGGAAAUGCAAUUAUAACGAAUACAGGAAAAACAGUCAACAUAGAAUUGUCGAAUCAAACGAUCGAACCUUAUAUACAUGGUGGCCCAUUGAACGAUGAUGAAUUUAAAUUAAAAAACGUACAAUUUCGUUGGGGCCCAACCGAUUCUCGGGGUGCUGAACAUUCUAUCGACAAUAUUUGGUAUUCGAUGGAAGCCCAAGCAUUGCAUUGGAAUACUCGAUAUGGUUCAUUAGAAAAAUGUUACGACAAAUCAGACGGCAUUGCAAUACUUGCCUAUUUGAUGCAGGUAGUUGGUUGCCAAGGUAUGCCAGAUAAUCCUGCAAUUGCACGUGUAACCGAUCAUUUAUCAAAGAUUAAGAAAAUGGGGAGUAGUAUAGAAGUCACCCCUGAUUGUUUGUGGUGGAUGCUUCAGGGUUGUUCAGAACCUGGUUAUUUUACGUAUUUGGGUUCUCUUACGGUGCCACCUUUUAACGAAUGCGUUAUUUGGAUUAUAAUUUCGCAUUCCAUUAAAAUUUCUUCCCAUCAAAUGAACGCUUUCAGAAGUAUAUACGAUUACAAAUGGGAUCCAAUCGUGAAUAAUUUCAGACCACAACAGCAUCCUUGCGGUAGACGAAUUUUAUACGGCACAGAAUUUACACCGUACCACUUUCGUGAUUGA